AUGACUUUAUCAAGUCUAUUUGCGGAGGAGCUACCACCAAAACUUGGAUAUUUUGGGAGCCAUGGUACUGUGCUUGAGGAAGUUUAUUGGAAAUCAGUGUUUCCAAACAAUCCAAUGCCAAAGGCAUUGAAAGAUAUUUUACCACCAUCUGAUUUAUGUUACUUGAACAUUUCAGGCCAACCUGAAACUGCAAAAGUUUCUAAAAGCAAUCAUGGAAAAAGAUUUGAGCUUAGUGGUAGUGAAGGAGAUGAAGAAGAUAAAUAUAAUGAUUUAUGGGGGUCUAAGCUUAGUGGUAGUGAAGGUGAAGAAAGUGGUGAAGAUGCAUAUGUUGAUGAUUGGAGGUCUAAGCUUAGUGGUGGUCAAGAGGCAUAUGCUGAUGAUUGGAGCUCUAAGCUUAGUGGUAGUGAAGGUGAAGAAAGUGGUGAAGAUGCAUAUGCUGAUGAUUGGAAGUCCAAGCUUAGUGGUGGUCAAGAGGCUUAUGCUGAUGAUUGGAGCUCUAAGCUUAGUGGUAGUGAAGGUGAAGAAAGUGGUGAAGAUGCAUAUGCUGAUGAUUGGAGGUCUAAGCUUAGUGGUGGUCAAGAGGCAUAUGCUGACGAUUGGAGCUCUAAGCUUAGUGGUAGUGAAGGUGAAGAAAGUGGUGAAGAUGCAUAUGUUGAUGAUUGGAGCUCUAAGCUUAGUCGCAACCAUGGAAAUGGUGAAGAUGCAUAUUUUGAUAAUUGGAGGUCUAAGCUUAGAGGCAACCAUGGAAAUGGUGAAGAUGCAUAUUUUGAUGAUUGGAGGUCUAAACUUAGUGGCAGCCAGGGAAAUAGUGAAGAUGAAUAUUUUGAUACUUGGAGAUCUAAGCCCAGUUCCAAUAAUGGAAACGAAGAAUUUGACGAUUGGGACCAUGAUUUUAGUGCCCGUCAUGGAAAUGGAGAAGAAGCACUCAAAGAAUCCAAAGGGAAAAUGGUUUCUUCAAUCCAUGAAACUAUCUACUUCUUUCCAAGGGAUCUACGCACUGGUAAGCUGGUGAAUUUACCAAGUCUCAUAGCAGCAAGUGAUAGAACUCCAUUUUUGCCUGACCGAGUUGCCAAGUCAAUACCCUUUUCAAGUUCCAAAUUUCCUGAAAUUUUGAACCAUUUCUCGUUAAAACCUCAAACAAGGGAAGCCGAAAUCAUGAAAAGAACAAUUAGAGUUUGCGAAAGAGAAGCCAUUAAUGGAGAACAAAUGUUUUGUGUCAGAUCACUAGAGUCCUUCAUAGAUUUAAGUAUUGCAACGCUUGGGAAAGAAAUCCAGCUUCUAUCAAACCAGCUUUCCAAAGAAACAAACAACCCAUUGUUUACAAUUGCUAGGGGAAUGCAAGACAUGGGUGAAAACGAGCUUAUCUGCCAUAAGGAAAGGUAUCCACGUGCUGUAUUUUUCUGUCAUUCCAUCAACAAAACAACAUUGUAUAAGGUUCCAUUGCUGGGAAGAGAUGGGACAAAAGCUAAUGCUUUGGCAGUUUGUCACAAAGAUACAUCGGCUUGGAGCCCAAAACAUAUAGCAUUUCAGAUUCUCAAAGUGAAGCCUGGAACUGUCCCCAUUUGCCAUUUCCUUGCUAAAGAUACCCUUGCCUGGGUCUCCAACUGA